CUGGGCGACUUGUUGAAAUUUAAGGAGGGAAGUGUCUUCUCAUAGAGCCUGGCUGGAGAAGACUGACGUGAAAGCCUACAAGCCCAAGUGAUUGCCCCAAGGACGUGGGUGAUGGCUGCUGAGGUGCCGAGAGUAACCACUCCCCUGAGCCCCUUGGUCCAGGUUCCUCAAGAGGACGAUGAACAAGAGGAGGAGGAGGUCACCACCACGAUCCUGGAGGAUGACUCUUGGGUACAGGAAGCUGUGCUGCAGGAGGAUGGCCCUGAGUCUGAGCCCUUUCCCCAGAGUGCUGGCAAGGGCAGCCCCCGCGAGGAGGUGGCUGGAGGGCCACAGGGUGCACUCGGCCGCCUUCGCGAGCUGUGUCGGCGCUGGCUGAGGCCGGAGGUUCACACGAAGGAGCAGAUGUUGACCAUGCUGCCCAGGGAAAUUCAGGCCUGGCUGCAAGAGCAUCGGCCCGAAAGCAGUGAGGAAGCAGUGGCCCUGGUGGAAGGCUUGACCCAGACCCUUCGGGACAGUGAUUUUGAGAUCCAGAGUGAAAAUGGGGAGAACUCUAAUCAAGACAUAUAUGAGGACGUGGAGUCACAUGAGAUCUUCUCAGAAAUGCCCAAACUGGAAGGUGUUCAGGAGUCUGACUGGAAAAGUGACUUUGAGAGAGACUGUGGCUCCAGCGGUCCCCAGGGAAAUACCCCCAGUGAGGACCACAGGGAGAUGCCAUCCCAGGGCAGGGAAGCUGGACAGCUCAUAGGCCUUCAGGGCACCUACCUGGGUGAGAAGCCCUAUGAAUGUCCCCAGUGCGGGAAAACUUUCAGCCGGAAAUCCCACCUCAUCACGCACGAGCGGACCCACACGGGAGAGAAAUACUACAAAUGCGACGAAUGUGGAAAAAGCUUUAGUGAUGGUUCAAACUUUAGUAGACAUCAAACGACUCACACUGGGGAGAAACCUUAUAAAUGCAGGGAUUGUGGGAAAAGCUUUAGCCGGAGCGCAAACCUCAUAACCCACCAGAGGAUCCACACGGGCGAGAAACCCUUUCAGUGUGCCGAGUGUGGCAAGAGUUUCAGCAGGAGUCCCAAUCUCAUUGCUCACCAGCGAACCCACACGGGAGAGAAACCGUACUCAUGCCCAGAGUGUGGCAAGAGCUUUGGCAACCGGUCCAGCCUUAAUACUCAUCAGGGAAUCCACACCGGAGAAAAGCCCUACGAAUGUAAAGAAUGUGGCGAAAGCUUUAGUUACAACUCUAACCUGAUCAGACACCAGAGGAUCCACACAGGGGAGAAACCGUACAAAUGUCCCGACUGUGGGCAGAGGUUCAGUCAGAGCUCAGCUCUCAUCACCCACCGGAGAACUCACACAGGAGAGAAGCCCUAUCAGUGUGGCGAGUGUGGGAAAAGCUUCAGCCGCAGCUCCAAUCUGGCCACGCACCGCAGAACCCACUUAGUGGAGAAGCCCUACAAGUGCGGGGAGUGUGGGAAGAGCUUCAGCCAGAGCUCCAGCCUGAUUGCACACCAGGGGAUGCACACGGGCGAGAAGCCUUACGAGUGCCUGACAUGCGGGGAGAGCUUCAGCUGGAGCUCCAACCUCAUCAAGCACCAGAGGAUCCACACAGGGGAGAAGCCCUACAAAUGUGGCGAGUGUGGGAAGUGCUUCAGCCAGCGCUCCCAGCUAGUGGUGCACCAGCGGACCCACACAGGCGAGAAGCCCUACGAGUGCCUCAUGUGCGGCAAGAGCUUCAGCCGGGGCUCCAUCCUGGUCAUGCACCAGAGAGCCCACUUGGGGGACAAGCCCUACAGGUGCCCCGAAUGUGGCAAAGGCUUUAGUUGGAAUUCAGUUCUCAUUAUACACCAGCGAAUCCACACAGGGGAGAAGCCCUACAAAUGCCCUGAGUGUGGCAAAGGCUUCAGCAACAGCUCCAAUUUUAUUACACAUCAGAGAACUCACAUGAAAGAGAAACUUAGUUGAUGGGGCAAAGAGGGAAAGUGAGGAGACUGGCCCAGGAGAGGAACCUAUCACACUGCCCCCAAGUAGGGACGUCUCAUUAGAAGAGCCAUUCUUCUAGAAUGGUCUUUUGGGAUUUUUGCCAGAAUCUCACCCCUGCUCAACCUCAUUCCUCGGAUCCCAUCAUCUUAGUGGUCGGAAUCAAACUCCCAGAACAGAGCACAGGAACGGAAAGCUGGAAAGUUGGGUAUUUUUCUGUUUCAUUUCAUGGCUUGGUUGGCUCCCUUUCUCCUGACCCCCUGUACCUCAGUUUUCUCUUUGGUAGAACAGGGGGAGUGUUUCUCCUUGUGGAACAGAAGACAGCAUGGCCCACAGCCGGCUGAGUCCUCAGAGAAAUACCAGAAAUCUAUGAAGCUGCCACUUUGUGGGGCUAAAGUUAAGGUGCCUUCACCCCGAGCUGUGUUCCAGGCCCCCUGCCCAUGUCAGAAACGGCUUUUCCGGACUCUGUUCUGGGCUUUGAUUUCAGGUACAGGUGGAGGACCUUCUCCAAUCCUGAGUCAUCACAUGAAGGUCAAGUCUAAAAGGUUUCUCUCUAGAAAGUGUCAGAAACACCAAAACACAAGGGAGUAUGUCUUGGAACCAGUGUCUCAGUAGCCUUUGCUCUGAUAAGAGGUGGACAGGCCCUACCAGGAAAGGAGUGCACUGCGGAGAUUUACACUUGUGCUUUUGUCUCUGCUCCUGUCCUGUGGUAAGCUGGCUGCCGGGGGAUGUACCAGUACUUGUGGGGCUUUGCGUUUUGAGUGUGAAGUGAAGGCAGAGACCCUCAGCUGUCUAGCCCUGCCUGGUGGACGGUAGUUUCUGUCUCAUCGCGGGAAAGCCAUCCUGCACUUUGAAGGGUGGGCUCGUGUUUACUCCACAGACACACAGAUAGUGAUAUCCCAUAACUGUCACUCUACGCACUUGUCAUUUCCUCGUUCUUCUGUGGAUUCUAUACAUGCAGAGCUAGAACUCUGUCUGACAGCUUUCAUUUACAAAGAAUGUUAUUUUUAAGUAAGUGUUGGUUAUGAGGACGUCAUCUGUCCUCUGGAGAGAUCUGGGCUUGAACCAGAGGAGUUGUGCUACAGAGGUUGCCCUUGAUUUUGGGGUGCCACGAGGGCUUUGUUCUUAGGUCCUUGAACCUUCCAACUGUAAAGACGGGCAUGAGAGCUGGUGAAGGGGUUUGUUAGGAGAGGACAGUAGAUAAGGAGUCUCUGGGAAAUGUGAAACCGCCGCCUGGUAUGCACGGGGCCGGCGCUCGGAAUGGGCCUUGGUUCUUACAGGAUGGAUGUGGAGCGUUGCCUAAUAAAGUGGAGGCCCGUUCGUUUCCUGAGUCUGUCUUUUAAUGUGUUAGAAACCUGAACUUGACUGUCGUUAGCAAACACGCACUUCACUUCCCCACCCAGCUCCUGCCCUGGGCUGAAAGUGGUCCAAGGCCUGCAGGGAGUAAAAAUCAGUGGCUUCAAAGAACACACUGUUGGGUGAACCUAGAAAGGUGUGUGCUUGAGCAGUGCACACACCUUUCCAAUGUCCACUGCCAACUCUACAACCAGUCUGACAAACAAGAGUUGGAACCCUCUGGCCAUUCUCCUCAGACCCCUGCCAGCUCCUAGGCUGAGCUCACCUGCUCUGAGAACCUUGAACCUGUCCGGUG